CUCGUUCAGGUUAGAGUGCAACGGCACACAACGAUGAACGUGAAUCAACGACGCGGCAGCGGGAUAGCGAUGACAGCGGCACUCGUUAUCACAAAGCACGUGUAAUGCAAACGGAAGUCUCGGUUGCACGCGAAAGCGAAGGUAGAGUCUCGCACACGUCAUUCUCGUCGUUCGUCGAUACUCGUCUCUGUAGAGAGGACGCAGAUUCACGCUGAAAGAUGCCGUUGGUCGUGAGGAAUUGCCCGCAUCUGGCGAAUCGUGGCGAUCUCGCCUUCAUCGAGGCGGUGAUGGCGCAGGAGGAACGUUUCGUCAAGUGCAGCGACUGCGACACCCCGGGACCCAAUCUCUGGCUGUGUCUGUACCCCGAGUGCCGUUGGGUCGGUUGCGCCGAGACACAUCUCGACCACAGCACCAUUCACAAUCAGAACUUCCCGACCCAUUGCGCCCACAUGAACCUGUCGACCAACAGGAUCUGGUGUUACGCAUGCAAAGGUGAAGCUAUCGCCAAACACGUGCCAUCACCACCGUUGUCGCCUACCCAGGUAGAGUUCAAAACGAUGGGCAACAAAUUUUCUGGAGACGCGCCAGAGUCCAGGCUGGAUGGCUUAGACAGGCUCAUGCUUGAUAAGUUUUAUGGAGACUGGUCGGUAAACAGAGUCAGUGCAGAAAAGGGGAAUUUUAAUGAGCGCUCUGGUGAUUCUCCCGACAGUACAGAUUCAGACGAGAGCAAGGACUUUUCUGGAAAACCGAGGGGUCUCGUCGGCUUGCAGAACAUUGGCAACACAUGCUACAUGAAUUCAGCGUUGCAGGCGCUGUCCAAUGUGUCUCCCUUAACGGAAUUCUUUCUGAAUUGCGGCCACAUAGUCAGUUACAUGUCAAAAGAUAGGAAGCCUGGAUUAAGUGUGAGUUAUCUGAACCUGAUCCGAGACAUGUGGAACAAGAAGACCAGAGGGUACGUUGUACCACAUGGUGUGUUGUCGGGCAUCAGAACAGUUCAUCCAAUGUUCAGGGGAUACCAUCAGCAUGAUACUCAAGAAUUCCUGAGAUGUUUCAUGGAUCAGCUGCACGAAGAACUGAAGGAGCACAUCGAGGAUGACAGGGACGUUCAGCUGCGGUUAAAGGGUCUAGGAGACCACUCCUCGGAAGACGAGGAUGAGACCGAGAUCGAUGGCAACGCGUCCAGUCAGUCCGACGCUGAAUAUGAGACCUGCGAUUCCGGCGUAAGCGAGCAGAGCUCCCUGAGCGAUGAGGGCGAACGUGGUACAAAGAGACGCUACUCUCGCGUGUCGCAGACGGAGAAGCUACGGAACAAAUUCACCAACAGGAGUAUGAAGAAGGCGAGCGUUGAGCCGACGUUGCCCUUCGUUCCGCCGCAACGUUCGCCGCAAAAUUCGCCUGCCAAGCACCGCACUAAGAAACAAAUGAAAACGCGCAGCAUCAUCAGCGACACGUUCGAUGGCAAGCUCCUUAGUAGCGUGCAAUGCCUGACGUGCGAUAGGAUUUCCACACGGGUGGAGACUUUUCAAGACUUGUCCUUGCCCAUUCCGAGUAGAGAUCACAUCGACAUGCUGCAUCAGGGCUCGCUGACGCCGCAGAAGGCUGGACCCUGUUCAGACGUAGUUUACGUGACCAAUCAGUCGGGCUGGCUGUCGUGGUUCCUGCAAUGGAUGCGCUCCUGGUUCUGGGGACCGGUUGUCAGUCUGCACGACUGCCUAUCCGCGUUUUUCAGUGCUGACGAGCUCAAGGGGGACAAUAUGUACAGCUGUGAAAAGUGCAACAAACUGCGCAACGGCAUCAAGUUCUCCAAGGUCCUGGAACUGCCGGAGAUACUGUGCGUUCAUCUGAAGAGGUUCCGUCACGAGCUGAUGUUCAGCUCGAAGAUCGCCAAUUACGUAUCGUUCCCCCUCGAGGGUCUCGACAUGCGCCCGUACUUGCACAAGGAGUGCGUGUCCAAGGUUACCACUUAUAAUCUGAUAUCAGUCAUAUGUCAUCAUGGCACAGCCGGCGGUGGCCAUUACACCUGUUACGCGCUAAAUCAUAUUGCCAACAAGUGGUACGAAUUCGACGAUCAAUGUGUCACGGAGGUGUCGCCGGACAAUGUGAAGCACUGCGAGGCGUACGUGCUGUUCUAUAAGAAGUGGUCGCCGGAAAUGCUGCAGCUGCGCGACAAGACGAUGGAACUGAUGGAAAUAUCAUCGCGCGAAUUGUCCGAUCUGAAUUUCUUCGUGUCCCGACAGUGGAUCAAUCGUUUUAACACAUUCUCUGAGCCCGGUCCGAUCGACAAUUCCGAUUUCCUGUGCCCUCACGGGGGUGUGAUCCCCGUUAGAGCGCAAUUCGUAGACAAGAUUAGCAUACCAAUUCCACAAGCGGUUUGGGAGUACUUGUAUAAUGCAUUUGGAGGUGGCCCAGCCUGCACGCACCUGUAUGAGUGUCCGAUCUGCGAAGAGAAGUAUGAAUCGUUGCAGAAACGUAGGCAGUAUGAGAUGGACGUGUUCCAGAAGUUCAAUCAAGUUACCGACGGUCUCACAGCCAUUUACGCGCUAGGAAUGGCCUGGUUGAGGCAAUGGCAGAGUUUCGUACGUGGCAAAGAAACACAGCCGCCAGGACCAAUCGAUAAUAAUUCCAUCAUUGUAAAUAAAAAUGGACAAAAUAGUCUUAAAGUUGGUUCGGAUUACGCUCAAAUAUCUGAGGAACUAUGGCAAUUCUUCCUAACGACAUACGGCGGUGGACCAGAGCUAAUGCUGCACUCCUAUCAGCGACCGGUAUCCGCUCAGCCUAACGUUUCUAUACAUUCCGCAUCGAAUCCAAAUUUAAUAGAUCCGAAUCUUAAGUGUAAUCGCGUAGAAGCUAAGUCCAACAAACUUUGUACGACCAGAAGCUCGGAGACUAUUUCGCAACAGGAUAGCGCAAUCGAGAGCCUAAUUUCGAGUAGCGAUUCUCAUCAGACGCAGAGGGACGUGAGCGAGUGAGCCGCGCGAAUCGUGUCCCUGCAGCGUCUCGCUUCGCUACGAUAAAGCAUUUCCAUUGGUCUUUUAAGUUUUAGUUUCUAAGUAAUGGAAUUAUUUUAUUUCCUAAAUUUCACGUUUCACUUUUUGCAAAUUGAACGAUUCCGCACGUUUUUCUCGUUAGAUUUUUACGGAUCAGACGGUAACUUGGAGAUAAAACAAUCACUGUCAUUUUGUCAAUUUUAAAAAGCUGGGAAGACAAUCGGAUUAAACUUUGUAUCAUAGCGAUUUGCGUACAAAAUUUCUAAUGCUAAAUUGCCAUGGUGUGUCGAAUUCGAGAGUAUCUCUAUCAUAAAGAAGAACUCUUAUUAGAUUACGUAAUUGAGAAACGCAUCUUGUCAUCAUAAUACGUAGCAACAUAUUAUCUUUGCGAGACGGGCCAUUCUGUGUCCUCUAACUCUCUACGGGGGAAAAAAAUUAUGUAAGAGUUUUUUUUUAUCCUAACACACACACGAACGUGUUUUCUUAUAUCGUAUCCAAGUAAAGCGGUUUGGAAAUGGAAUGACAUUGGUUGUUUUAAGCUUGCUGCUUCGGCACUGCGGAGUGUCGACCGUGCACUAUGUCACUCGUUCAACGACGUGGAAUUCCACCAUAUAAUUUAAUUGAUAGGAAUACUAUUGUGUAUGAUGAUGGGAAACGUAGUUACAUAGUACAAAAAGAAGAUUUGCUAUUACAUUAUUUAAAUACAAAUCUUAGCUCGUAUUUUUCGCCCAAAGUCUUAGGCCGUAACACCGUGCGAUCUCGGUAUAGUUGAAUCAUGUUUUCGAUGUUUGUACAUUCGCCGUGACAACGGUGUGCGCGCGCGUGUGUGUCAUUCCUGCACGUAUAGACAGGAGAUUUUAUUCCUCCCUGGUUUUAAGAUUAUGUGUACAUAACAUCGUUACGUUUCUUCUUUGUUGGUGAGGUAGCCUUUCAUCUGGACAAAGAUGUGGAAGACUGACAAAUCAAUUUUACUUAGAACGGCAAUGUUCGAUUAACCGUGCGAUCUACCGGCGAUUUAUUUACGAAAAGUCACAUACUAUGGUUCUUAUUUUCGUUUUUGAGAAAAUUGUCGUCGUUAUAUAUUUAUAGCUAAUUUACUGCUGCACGUAUUUUUCGUAGCAUUGCGGAGAACUAACAAAAAGAGAGCAUACAACUCACCGAUUCUUCGCCUUUUACAAGCAUGAAACAGUUACGUGUCAAGUAAUUAUUAACUAUGCCAGUGAACAAACGCAUUUCUAAAAUAUUACAAAGAAAUCUGAUCGUAAACUUUUAAUAAUAACGAUGUUUAAGUAUUUAUCGAUUAUCUAAUCGAUAACUAGUUAUAGCGCAAUUAUUGCAAAAUUAUUAGAAUUUACAGGAAUUCACUACUUCUCUCAGCCCGGUGCUUCGACAACCGAUAUAUUUAUUUAUAAAUUUAUUACGGAAAUGUAAUAACGCAAAAGAAUGAGCAAGAACUUAUUGAUAAUGACCAAAGAUGUGAUGAAUAGCGUAUUUCCUAAGGAGAUAAAUGUACAAGUACUGUUUUAUGCUUGCAGACAAAUGAGAAGAAUCGCGUAUCAUAUCGGCUACGCUUGUAGGCUCAAUUGUGUGUUCUCGUGGCUGUCAUUACUAAAGAUAUAUAUUCUUGUAGCCGGUUUUCAUUUUAAUAUGAAUAUUAUAAUUGCAUAUUACGAAUUGCUCACAUUGAAAAAGAAGAACUCAGUGCAAUUCAAGUUCCACUUGCAGGGACGCAAACAAUUGUAAAGAAUUGUUAAGACUAAUCGUCUAAUUACUAUCUCCGGAACGAAGUGCAUAAGAUUCAUAAUAAAUAAGUUGGUUUCUUUAUUUAU